AUGGCUCUGCGGUGGUCUUUCGUGUCCGUUGCUCUGCUAGGCAUCAGUGCCACGGUUAUGGGCUCCCUCCAAACCUGCGGCCAGGCACAGUAUGACCCGGCGCAGUACGUUUGUUGGUACAACCAGUUUCUCUGCCCUGUGACGGCAGGCGAGCCCCUCUCGUACUGCUCCGGGGCUUGCUACAGCAAAUUCAUGUACACUUGCACCAACAAUGUUUUGACCCUCCUCCCCGCCGUGGAUUCACCCUUUACCUUGACCGUGUCGAACCCCAACCUGAGCAUUAACGGGAAGGCUGUUACGGCCAGCGGGCAGCACUGGUACCUUGGCGGCCAGACCAGCAGCUACUGUCCGUCGCAGGUCGGCUUGGCCUGUCCCCCGGGAAACAUCACGGCGAUUGUUGCGAGCGGCGGCAGCGCAGCAAUGGAUGUCAUGGUGCCGGGCGGCCAGCUGGUCUACCUCGACGCCUUCUGGAACGUAGGUUACACGCAGGCCCACUCGGCAUACAUCCCACCAGGCAGCACCACGACAGGGUUUGCGGCCUAUGCCGCCGGCGGGUUCAUCAACCUAAACGGCAACGGCUGGGGCUGGGUCGCGUGUCCCCCAACCGCAUCCGGGGGCGGCGGCGGCGUGUGGAACCUCGUGGCUAAGAACUCGACAAACACGGCCUCGCUGAACAACUGCACCCCCGUCAACCUCAAGGUCAACCCCCUGCCACAAGGUACCUACGGCGCCUGGCAGUAUACCUAG